CCGAACGACGCACAGACCAGCGCGCGCACCGCGGGCCAGUGCGUGCGCGCCCCCGGACGUCCGCCCCGCCCCGCCUGCGGCCCAGCCUGGCGGCGUGCGCGUCCCAGGCCGCACGGAGCUGCUGUUCAGGAAGGCGUCCCCGUACUGCCUGAAAGAUCCUUCCUCGGCACCUUCCUCGAGCGUGGCGAACAGCGCGGAGGCUAGAACUAUCGCAAGGGCCUUAUAAGGAGAGGCCGUGCAGGGAGACAAUUCCUGGAAGAACUGGGGACAGUUGGGGGGCGGAGUUAUUCGGGCAUUCAGGUGGGCGACCCGCCUAGACGUCUGGAAGGCCCGGGUAGUUAGGGAGCGUAGGACUGGAGUCUCUGGUUACGGGGUCGGACAAAGGGUAAAGGUUACCCUCCAGAUUGGAGAGCGCCACCUUAGAGCCAUGGCCGCGUCUGGGGAACCCGGGAAGCAGUGGCAGGAGGAGAUGGCGGCGGUAGUGGUGGUGGGCUCCUGCAUGACAGACCUGGUCAGUCUUACUUCUCGAUUGCCAAAAACCGGAGAAACUAUCCAUGGACAUAAGUUCUUUAUUGGCUUUGGAGGAAAAGGCGCCAACCAGUGUGUCCAAGCUGCCAGGCUCGGAGCAAAGGCGUCCAUGGUGUGCAAGGUUGGCAAAGAUUCUUUUGGCAACAAUUAUAUAGAAAACUUAAAACAGAAUGAUAUUUCUACAGAAUUUACGUAUCAGACUGAAGAUGCUGCUACAGGAACUGCUUCAAUAAUUGUCAAUAAAGAAGGCCAGAAUAUCAUCGUGAUUGUGGCUGGAGCAAAUCUACUUCUGAAUUCUGAAGACCUGCGGGAAGCAGCCGGCACCAUCAGCAGAGCCAGGGUGGUGAUCUGCCAGCUGGAAGUAACCCCGGCAACGUCUCUGGAAGCCCUGACGAUGGCCCGCAGCAGCGGAGUGAAAACAUUGUUCAAUCCAGCUCCUGCCGCUGCUGACCUGGACCCCCGGUUCUACACCCUCUCAGACGUGUUCUGCUGUAACGAAGGUGAGGCUGAGAUUCUGACCGGCCUCACGGUCGGCAGCCCGGCGGACGCUGGGAAGGCUGCGCUGGUGCUCGUGGGCAGGGGCUGCCAGGUGGUCAUCAUCACCUUAGGUGCCGAAGGAUGCGUGACGCUGUCACAGUCGGAACCGGUUCCAAAGCACAUUCCCACAGAGAAAGUCAAGGCUACGGAUACCACGGGUGUCGACUGCCUUCAGCUCAAAAUAAUUCACAUGCCAAAGUAGCACAUCUUGAGGAGGCCUGUUCUGAACCCCUGCGAUAUAUAAAACAGAGUAUUGUUCAGCCACAAACAGAAUACUGAUGCAUCCUACAACAUGGAUGAACAUCCAAAACAUUAUACUAAGGGAAAGCAGCUGCAUCUAAAAGGCCAUGUGUUACAUGCUUCCAUUCAUACGGAACAUCCAGAAGAGGUAAAUCUACAGACACAAAGCAGGUUGAUGGUUGCCAGUGGCGAGAGGGCAUCAGGGAAGUGACUGCCAGUGUGUGCGGGGUUCCUCUUCGGGGUGACGAAAGUGUCCUGGAAUGGUGGUAGUUGCACAAUCUUGUAGAUACACUAAAACCACUGAAUUGUGCACUUUGAAGGGGUGAACUUUACAGUAUGUGAAUGGUAUCUCAAUUUAGAAAACAAAGGUCAAAAAAUAACAAAAAAGAUCCAUUUAGGCACUUCACUAAAGGACAGGUACGCUUGUGAUAAAGACUCCUCCAUGUAAUUGCUCCCCUGAACCUGCCGAAUGGCUCUCCAGGUCCCUGGUAGAGCGGAGGUGACACGGGAAACGAAGGUGGUUAUUUUCUGGGUGUAGAACCUCCCUCGGCUUUAUUAUGCUAUCUUUUUGUCCACUCAUCCAGCACUCUCAUUAUUAAAAUUCUUGCCUGUUCUGCACACAACUGUUCAGCCUCUUCAUACGUCUAAAAAGAGGAGCUAAUUCACAUGGUGAGGUGAGGAACACCCAGGGAGGCAUUUUGUUCCGAUCAGUGGGCUCCUUCACUUCUCUGUCAGGAGGUGUUACUUGCUCUCAAUCAGUUUAUAACCUUCUUGCUUUUUCCUUCCUCCUAAUCUCUUACAAAACACACAUUUAAAAAAAUCAUGUUAUGUAGCCUAAACAUACAUGAUUUUUGUUUGUCAACCACACCUCAAUAAAGCUGGAAAAAAUAAAUAAGUAAACAGGGACAGUGUGGAUGGUAGAGACAUCCCCCGUUGGUCAGCACUUUGUCCGCGUGGGCCAGACGGCCGGCCAGGAGCCGCCGUCUCCCAUUCUACGUCAGUGCUUCUGCAGACGGCUAUAUUCGGCUUUGCCUCGGUGUUAAUAGUUGGAUGUAUCACUUCUAUUUUUGCAUCCCUUUCCCGUUGUACUAGAGCGAGAUGGUGGCAGUAGCUGCAGAUGUCCUCAGCUCAGUUUGGAACACAGGACAGAUGUGUCUCUUUUCUCUUUUCCCAUCUCCAUGUUGUCUGAAUCUCAGCCUUGAAAUGACACGGCACUGAUGUCCCCACUCCAGUCCUUCCAACCUGAAGGUCAGGGGCUUUGCCAUCUUAUGUUCACAGCUGCGCAGAAUGAUCACUUCACAGUCAGAGCUACACACAUAUAAGUGUGCUAAUAUUUUAAGAUUAUAGGGCUAGUGUGAUAUAAUAUAGUGUAACAUUAAUUAUCCCUGGCCUAUAAGCUCUGUAGAAUUCUUUAUAUGUGCUUUUCUAUAUGUGAAUGGUUAUAUCCUAGAAUCUACACUGACACUCUGACUUGAAGAAUUCAGCCCACAGGCUAAAUCUGUCUUCUCAAGAAUUACUCACUCUAUAAUAAAUCAUCAUAAUUUAGGGGAUAUAAGUAAGUGGGGAGUAAUCAAAAGCCAGGGGCACAGGGGUUCUCUUCAUCAUUCUUUACUUCCUUUCUUUCUAUCCGUUAUAUCUGAGUCCUGUAGAGGUUGCAGCUGCUAGCAAGGCACUAGCUGCAUGGAUGUCCCCAAGGGAGUGCUCAGGGCUUGAGCUCCUGCUCCAACUAGAAAGUGCACCAGUAGAAAUCAGGGAUAGUUUCUAUUCCAGUUUGUGUGGAAGCACUGGUGAGAGUGGGAGGACUGCGGGGGCUGAUGGGUUACCUGCAGCUUCCCAAACUAACUUCUUGUAUUCCCCUCACCUGGGUCUGCCCUCAGCCAUCCCAGCUGCUCUCAAGGCUAGGUUCCUAUGCAUCCACCUCUGAGGUACCAACCGGAAUGACCACUGAGUUGGGUCUUUGAAAACCCAGCAUCGGAAGAGCCAUUGUUCCCAACUUGGUGUGCCCUUUCCCCACAACCUAUGCCUUCUUUCUACCCCCAGCCCCCUGGCCAGGGGAGAGCCAAAUGAAUAUUACCAGGUGUAAUUAGAGCCAGUGAACGUCUGUGCCCUUAAGGGGUGUUUCUCAACUCCAGCAAACUGAGGUGCUGCUUCCUACUUGGCUGCAGUCUGACUGAGAGGCCUGGACACAUGGGGACCACCCCUGCUGGUCUCCGUGACGCCCUUCAGGCUGUCUCCCCAGCACAAUGCCCUUUCUUCCUCCCACCUCCUUCUUUCUGACAAGACAUACGUUUUUUUGCACUUGCUAAUAAUUAGUGGCAUUUCUGAGGCACAUUUCUGUCCAUAAACUUCUGUUACAGCCAAGAUGUUCAAGUGGCCCCUCACUAUUGACUGCCCAUACUUGAAAAGGGUUUGGAAUGGUAAAAUACUGUGGGUAAAGAGUGGUAAGUGCGGAAGAGGUAACUGAAAAAUGAUAAGGCUAAUUUGGACUACCAUAUCAAUUUAUUAUCCAAGAAGUAAGUAUUUUUCCUUCCAGUUUGGAUCCUAGGAGAAUUAUCUGUUGAUAGUUUCACUACUCAAAGACCUUGAGAAAUCCUCUUUUAGAAGCGUCUUGAGAGCCUUCAUCACCUUUGCCCCACUUAUAAAUCGAUUGGGCGGUUUUGCUACCCAUGAACUUAACACAUGCUUAGUGUUCAAGGGGAGAAAAAAGCAGACAACAUAGAAAGGUUUUUAUAAAGAAGACAAUCAAAUACCCAUGACCCUACCACUUAGAUGUGACCACUGUGACCCUUCUAGUUAGUGUGAGUCCUUCCACAUUUGUCUGUGCACACUCAUGCGUGAGUAUCUAUUAGGAGAAUGUUUAUUAACAGAAAAAUUGAAUAUUUGCAAUAGCAGAGAUUACUAUGUGUAAUUAUGGGAAGCCUCUACAACUCAAAAAAAAUCAAAUAUGUCCCUGGAUUAAUGUCAAUAGGCAAAUCACUAAAGAAGAAAUAAAAAAUAACAAUAAUAAAGACAUGAGGCAAUGUUCAACCUCACAAGAAAUCAGGAACACGCAAAUCAAAAUAACAGUGAGGUUCCCCUUUAUUGCCCAUCAGGUCUGCAAAAAUAAAGAUUGAUAAUGUCAAAGUCCAAAUAAAUCGGAAAACACAUGCUCUCAUGUAAUUCUCGUGGGAGUGUAAAUUCACACAAAGCUUGCAGAGGGCAGAUCAACAGACCGCUUUUUAAAAUAUGCUUUCCCGUUGACCAGUAAAUCUUCUCAGAGUCUAUCCUGCAGAAAUGCUCGUGUGUAUAAAUAUUUGUACAAGAAUGUUUAUUUUGCUUGUAAGACCAAAUAGUAAUCAGACAGAUCUACAUAAUCAUCAGUAUAAGGAAGUCAAAUUAUAACAGCAUGGUGCUAUUUAUUUUAAAAUAAUUCUACUAAUCUCUAAGUAAAAGCAUAUUUUACAAUCUGGAAAAAACCCACGAAACUCAUAUGGCUAUUAGUCAUAUAAAGAAGAACUUCUACAUUCUACUCCGUACUCUUCUCAAUUGUUUGACUUUUUCCAUAACCCUGUAUUUUUCAUGUAUUCCUUUGAAACGUGGAAUAAAUAUGACUUUGGGGAAUAGCAAAAAACUACUUGGAACCACAUCUAGCAAAAUAAGAUGGAUGAUAUUUCUCAAAAGGUGUAUUGGGCAUUAUCCCCACGAAGGAGCCAAGGACUGGCCACGGUUCACUCUUGACCUCACAAAGAACCUCGAGAACCUCAAAGAACCUUUCACAAAGACAGCAGGCAGAACCCGUGUGCGUGGGCUGGGUCACCUUUGGAGCCAGGGCUCUCAGGCCUCCUUAGGCCUGAUAUUUCACCGCAUGCUUCUAACAGCUUUUUUUUCUUACUCUUUCUUAAAAAAACAAUUCCCUCAAAAAUAUGUUACUUUAUUCAGCUUCCCUUGGAAAUAUCAGAGUAAAUGUCAAAGCUGCACUUUCUGUUCAUGACUGAAAUGCACAGCAGAUCUUCAGAGAAACUUUGCUCAUGUUCCAGUUUUCAUUCUGAAUGGGUCUGCUUCUGCAUCUCAGUUUAACUCUUCAGUCCUCAUUCUCACAGUUAAUAAUACAUUGAAUGCUCUGAACUUUGGCUUUUGACACAUUUCUUGGUCUAAUUGAUGCCCUGGAGGAGUUGGGAAAGGGGCCAGGCCACAGUGAUGCCUCAUGUUUAGGUACUUAUUAGUUCACGUGGUUUAUCAUUCAGGCACCUCAUGUUUGAAACAGACCUAAAUGGAAUGGCUCAUGAGAGAUGAAGGGACAUAGGUAACACAGUCCUUCGGACUGAAUUGUGUCCCCUCCCAAAUCCGUAUGUUGGAGCCCUGAUCCCUAGUGUGACGGUAUUUGGAGGGUAGGGCCUAGAAGGAUGGAAUUAAGGUCAAAUGAGGUCAUAAGGAUGGAGCCCACGGGAUGAAUGUCCUUAGAGACACCAGAGUGCUGUGUGCACUCAAGAAGAGGUCAUGUGAGCACACAGCAAGAUGGGCCACCUGCAGGCCAGGAGAAGGGGCUCAGAAUGAAAUCUGCUUCACCAGCACCUUGAUCUUGGACUUCUAGCCUCCAGAACUAUGAGAAAUAGUUUCUGUUGUUUAUCCCCCCAGUUGUGAUGGUGGCCCAAGCGGACUAACACGUACAAGAAAGCAGAUAAGUGUGUUUCAGAAGUGACCUGAAGUGAAUACAGAAAGAUCAGCUAUUCUGGAAGAAAAUAAUCAGAUGUGAACUAACAAGAUCAGCCUAAAUUACCUAUUUGAUGAAGUAUCUCAAGUGUUCUGCAUAUGGUUUAAUGGAAAUCAUGGGUCCUGGUGGGUAAGGGCAGAUGAAGUCCUGAGCUCUAAUCCUGGUUUUUGCCAUUAACUAGCAGGCUACUGUGGGCAAAUAGGUUGUGCAUCCAAACACGAUAUGUCUGGAGUGGGUGAUCUCUGAGGCACCUUCGACCUCUAAAAUUCUUGAUUCUUACAGAUUCUUGGAAAUGAGGAUUCUUUGGCUAAUAGUGAAAAGCAGGCACUAUUCUGUGCCAGGCACUCGGUCUGGACUCUUACGCGUUAUCUCACAUGUUCAUAACCACCCUGCACGAGGGGUUAAUGCCCAUUGCAGGGAGAAGGAAACAGUGUGCCCAAAAGUAAACAGCCUGCCCACAAAGUCAUACAGCUGGAAACUUGGCAGAGCCAGGCAUUGAUUCUGGGUCUGCCUGUCUGUCUGUCUGCCCUUUUCUAACACCCGGUGCACUCUCCACUGCCCCACUCUGCCUCUUAAAUUGGUGGCAAUUUGCCUAGCGUUCAGUCUCUCCUGUUUGGCCUUCCAGCACCAACUUGUCUUGUCACUCGUCAUGAUAGAUGCUUUUAUAAUUGCUCCAUUUAUCUAGAUCUUCAGAAGCUGCCAGAUCUCGCAAAGCCAUUGCUUGCUUUGUGCAGUACAGUGCAGCCUCAUUUAAAUGCAAUAACCCACGUCUAGCCCUAAAAACGGUGUUUGGCACACAUAAACGCACAGUUUGUAUUGUUUCUCAUUAGUAGGUCCCUCUGUGUCUGAUUGUUCACUUUCCCUGGAUCAAUUGGGAGUAAUAGGUACCAUUACAUAGAGUGGGGAUGACUUUGGCUCUGCACAUUACUGACAGAAAACCCAGGUCCCACCCCCAUUCAGCUCCAGCAUCUUCCUACACAGGGCAGGGAGCUGAACUGCAUGGGUAGUUAUGUGGCAGGAUCAUACCAGUCCGGAUAUCACAGGUUCUGGCAAAGAUCACAUUCAUGCAUUCUUGACAUUGAAUGACCAGACCUAAAAGGGAGGUGUACCACUCUGAGAGACUACAACCAAAUCAUCUUUUUAUUAAACUUCUGUAAAUAGGGACCUGAAAUGCUAAUGAGAGGCUAGAGAAAAGGUAAUUCCUCUUUUCUUAGCAUUCCCAAACUAUCUCUGAAGUUUAAGAAAAGAAAAAUCACUCCUUUCCUGCCCGAUAUACUCUUAGCCAUCCUCAAGGUCCAGCUCAGAGUUCUCUCUGGGAAACCCCACUGCUUAAUACAAUGCUUCGCAUAUAUUAAUGAGCCCUCCUGGAAUAAUGAGAGAGUUCUAGUUCCUUUGGAGAAAAUUAACAGGUGUGUAUGUAAGAUAACGCAGCCUUCCUGAACCCUAGUGUUCUCGAGGGACAGAGAACCCACAGGGUCCCCAUAGUCCUGAAAUUCUACAUUGCACAUGCCAAGGGAGACUAAAUCUCAUAUAAAAGGGACUCUUUUUUUAAUGAUUUGAGAACUAAAUAAUUACCUACUUUCCUAUUUUAAAACGUAUCCUUAGAUUGUUUUUACCUACAGUCAGAGAAAGGUCAGGCCAAAAAAGAAGUUCCAGAGGGCAAGUGACCUCUCUGAAAUUUCAUCAUGAAACACAGUGAACCCCGCGAGGCCCUGAAAUUGCUGUCAUCGCCUGAGGGUUGAUGUCAAUAAACGGACAAGGUGCCUGUGCAAACUCCGCUGCCUCCGGCUGCUGGAGAUGAUGAAGACAACAAACAGUUCUCAGACUAAAAAGAAAGGACAGAGGACCAGGCAACUGCUCGAGACUCACCGACAAGGCACAAGGCAUCUGUCAUGCCCCAGGGGGUGGGGGUGGGUGCAUAUGAGCUCUAUUACAUUCAUUCCGCCUCAGCAGAACACCUCAUUUACUAGCUAAUCAGGCAGAAUUAAACAUUUUAAAUUACUUUUCUUAAUCCUGCAUGUGAUCAGUGGAAAACACAGGGCUCUAAAAAUCUAAUUGUAACUGCUUACCAGAAAUGUCAUCCUCACUUUGAGGAACUGAAAUGGGACCAGUUAAGAAGCUUUUUCUUCCGUUUUUCUGGAGUCCUGUCCCUGAGCCAGACCUGGACACGCACAUAUGUGUGCCUAGGGCUGUGCGUCCCAGGGGCUUCUGAGGACACCUGGGGUCCCUGGCCCUGCUUCAGAACCCAAUAUGGCCAAGACAAAAAGAAGAGCAGUAGCAGUAGAGAAGAGACUGGAGGUGGGAUGGAGAGGAAGAAAACAGCUGUUUAAACUUUAGCAAAAGUCCAGACGGCAAAAUCUAAACCUGGACUUAGUGCUCUGUGGGCCCAGGUAGCACCCAAUUGAAGAGACAGGAAAUCCUCCAGUCAGAAGCAGUGGUGUGCAGUUGCGGCAGCUUGUUCGCCCACCUACAACUAAGACUUCUUUUCUCUUAGCCCCGCUCCUUCACUGUCCUGGCUGUCAGCUGGAUGCCAUGGCCGGGAGCCGGGCCGCUCCUGGCCGCUUUCCUCGAGUGCUCCAGCUCAGUUCUCAGGAGCGGAGCUGCCAGGACUAAACUGCGGGUCUUCUAGGUGGUUCCCGCUGUGUGGUGAUACAUCUGAAAGGAUGAGGAGGUGAGAAGACCAUCUGGAGCCCAACACUAGAGCCUAGUGGGCUGGAGCCGUGCCCACUGCCCUCAGUGCCCCUUGGUGGCAAGGAGGUGAAAACAGGCGUAGUUCCUAGCUCGCUGAACAUCUCUCUGCCCUUCGUGUGAAAGUGUGUGUGUCGGAAGUCAGUGAUGUAUCAUCUGUGUCCGUGGGCUCUGUGUGGCUAAACUGUGAAUACCAUGUGCGUGUGUGCACACAUGUGUAUGAGUAUAAUGUGCUACCGUGGGACAGAGUUCAAGGAGGUGACUAGUCCACCGUCCUCCUCCCGCUUCCAUUCCUUUAAAACCCGUAGGAGCGCGCUCUGAUCUAGGACAGCCUCAGAAAAGCCCUGUGAUGGGGGGGUGGAGGAGCUCCAGGGCUUAGGUGGGUCACAUCUUUCCUAAAAGAUUCUCUAAAACCUGCGGGCUUUAUAUCCUUUUCCUCCCUUGCUCAAAAUAAACCAAAUUUGAGAAAAGAAAGAUGGUUACAUUUGCUAGAUGACUUCCCCAUAACUGUUCUGUUCCCAGUUAGGGAAAUAUUUCUCUUUACUUAGUCUUCUCUCUACCUUUUGGUCUUGGCAUGUGGGGAUCUAAUUUGUGUAGAUUACUUUGUGAGUGAAUAUACUUUCCAUCAAAUACUUACAUUUACUGCUUCCCUCAGCAGUCCCAAGGCCAGUGGAUUGUCUGCCUUCCUUCCUUCCUUCACUCCUUUUUAAACUAUGAAACAUUUCAGUUCUUUAUACUGAAAAGUAUAAAGAAAAGUAUCAUGAACACUCAUUGAUCCACCACCCAGCUCUGCUAAUUCUUUUUUUAAUAUAUUUUAUUGAUUAUGCCAUUACAGUUGUCCUGUUUCCCCCCUUCAUUCCCCUGCACCCUGCACACCCCUCCCACCCACAUCCCCCCUUUAGUUCAUGUCCAUGUGUCAUAAGUUCUUUGGUUUCUACAUUUCCCACACUACUCUUGCCCUUCCCCUGUCUAUUUUCACCCCACCAUCUAUGCUACUUGUUCUCUGUACCUUCUCCCCCCUUCUCCUCCUCCCAGUCCCCUGUUGCUAACCCUCCAUGUGAUUUCCAUUUCUGUGGUUCUGUUCCUGUUCUAAUUAUUUGCUUAGUUUGUUUUUGUUUUAGGUGUGUUUGUUAAUAAUUGUGAGUUUGCUGUCAUUUUACUGUAUGUGUUUUUUAUUGUUUUCUUACAUAAGUCCCUUUAACAUUUCAUAUAAUAAGGGCUUGGUGAUGAUGAACUCCUUUAACUUGACCUUACCAGCUCUGCUAAUUCUUAACAUUUUGCUAUUUCUGCCUCAGAUAGUUUUUAAAAAAUAAAACAUUGCAAACAUAAUAUGACCUUUUUGCUUAAGGUGCUUAGUGCUAUGAAGAUGCAGCCUAUAUCAGAACCUAGCUUUUAGGCUGUUUGAACAGAAUAGUAGUAUUUUAUAAAAAUUUCUCUUGGUCUCCACCAUUCUGCAGUUUUACUACAGUGAGUCCAGAUCUGAACUUACUCUCAUUUAUACUGCUCAUAACUCUUUGUUCUUCCUGCAUCUCAGUAUCUGUGUUUUUCAUCAGCUCUGAAAAACUUAUUUAUUACUGCCUCCCCCCUAUAUUCUCAGUCUUUUCCUUCUGGAAUCCCUACUAGGUAUAUGUUAGAGCUUCUCUUUUCUACUCUUCUUGCCUUUUUAAAAAAAUUAACUGGGUUGUCAUUCUCUCUUCUCCCUGGUCUCAGGCCAUAGAGAAGAGAACCGCAGAGCCACUGAGAGUAGAGCAACAAGUGCCCCCGAUGGACAGAGGGGGCGGGUUCCUGAGUGAUGGCCUCAGGCGCCAGGACUUAGAGGGGCUUCUGUGUGUACCUGAGACUUCCCAAAUGUGUGUCUACUCUGUUGGAUAUUCUGCUAGAGAAAGAAAACUAAACAGGGUUUGUCCACAGUCAGGAUCCAUGGGUAAUGAAACGAAACUGGCCUCUAGCCCUGAAAACAGUUCUUUCAGAAGUGGCAAAGAACCCUGUGGGAAACUAUGGCAAAGUGGGGUGAACAGCACCCCAAUAUGACCUCGUUUAUUCAGCACACUGUAUUUGAAUGUUCUGCAUACCAAGCAGCAGGUGUGCCCUGGGGCAAUAAGACAGUCCCUGGCCACAAAGAGCCGAAGUCUAGACGAGUAUGUAACCCACGCAGUCAGAAGCAAUGCCGGGAUGGGGAUGCACCUGCGGGGCCCUAGGAGUGCCGCCGGGGGCCCACCCGCUCUGAGAGGGCAAGGGUCACCCAGGCAGAGACAGCAGUUCAUGAAAUAGUCCAGAGCCAAGAUAGCAAGUCACGUUCCUGCCUUUUCCAGUUCUGUUUGGGAAAAGCUUAGAGUACAAGGAAGAGUGGAGAAGCCGUGACAGGAUGGGUUGUGGAAAACGUUACUUGCCACAAAGGGGAAUUUGCACUUUCUCCUGAGGGUAGUGAGAACCAUGGAAGGGUUUAGGCAGAGGGAGAUUUGGCCAGAUUUGUACUCUAUAAAAAGAUUAGCAUGGUUGUGGUAUGGAGAAUACAUUGGAGAUUACAAUAGCAGGGGCAGGGAGAACUGUCCAGACUGAUGCACUGACCUGGUGAGAGAUAAUGGCAGCCUGGACUAGAGGUGGCAGCAGGGAUGUUGAGAAGUGGGCUGGAAACUCUUAAGAAUUAGAGGACACAUUGGUAGCUCAUUUCCUUUUUAAAAGGUGCUGGAGGGGGCCUAAGUAAGAUGCUUAUUUCAUGGUCAAAACAAGUAGAUCCUUCUACCAGUCUAGGUGGUUCUCAGCAUUUUUUUCAGCUCUGACUCACCUAAGAGCUAACAUCUACUCCUAUUAGGAACAGUUCGUAUCAUCAGUGAUUGUGCAGAUGGCACAGGAAGUAAUUUACCCAGAAAGAUGAGAUGAAAUGAAAUGAUGCUCAGGUGGUUCCUGGCUGCCUCUUUGGGGAAUCACUGAUCCAUGCAACAGAGAAGCAUUAGGAGCUGACAUUUAUCCUGCACUUAAAGUAAAUAAUAUUUGAAGGAAAAGUCUUUUGAAACUUAAUGCUAGUUCUGAUAUCUCGCCCUACCUACCACCUGUACCAUAGACACUAGCUCACUCCUGAUGAAAACACAGCCUUCACAUGACUACACGCUCUCCCCCUAGUGAAGUG